UCAAAACCAAGAGUUGACACCCACCCGGGUGCCCCAAAGUCAAGAGACUCUAAAGAUGCCUUGAGCACAUUGGUGGAGGAGGAAGCUGAGGUCUAGUGGCAGAGUUUCUGCGCCUCCCAGCACAUGCCUGAUAAACAUUUAGGAUCUGGAGACUCACUGUGUGCGAGCGGCACCUCGCUGAAAGCCUCACGCACGUUAUUACCUCGUUUGAUCCUUCCACGACCUCCUGAGUUGGAUGCGAUCAUCAUUCCCAUUUUAUAGAGGGGAGACUGAGGCUCAGAAAGGUGGGGUCCCAGGCCAAGGUUGCACAGGCAGCAAUAGGAACAAGCUGAUUUUAUUUUGGGGGCUAUGGUCAGGCCUUAUUGAGAGCAAUUUACAUAUUCAUGAGGAGUAUCUCACAGCCCUAGGGCAUAGGUGUCCUUAACAUUGGCUUUUUAUGGAUGAGGACGUCGGUUUUGAGGUUCAGUCGUUCGCCACAUUUUUCAAGCACCUGCUGUGUACCCAACGUGUGCCAGACUCUGGGGUGCCUACCUCUGGUGUCAGGCCUGUGACCCACCAUACCAGCUGCAUCUCGCAGUUAAAUGCAACAUUGACUCCUGGCGAUGGACUGAGCACAAUCAGCCAAUGGUCACUGAGCUGCUCAGGUCCCAGAUGCUAUCUGGAGCCUGACAUCUAACCUUCCUGCUCGUUAGAACCCAGCUCCCGGCUAGAGCUAUUACCUGUUAAGUUGACUGCUUUGUCCGGUGGUGAGCAGCCCGUCACUGGGAGAAUCCAAGCAAGACUGCCAUGGAGGAGCACUCAUACUCAGACCCAGCAGAGUUCCCAAAGUUUUCCAGAAGGCGGCGAUGCUGUGGGCAGAGAGUGCAGCUGGCGCUGUUGGGGCUGGCGACCGUCCUGCUGUGGGCCGGGCUGCUGGCCCUGCUUCUCUUCUGGCACUGGGACACUGUGCAGAAUCUGAGACAGCUAGAAGUAACCGCUGCUCGGAAUGUCUCUCGGGUUUCCAAGGACUUGGAAAGACACAACGGUGACCAGAUGGCCCAGAAAUCCCAGGCUGCCCAGGUAUCACAGAACAUGGAGGAAAUCCGAGCUGAACAGAAGAGAAUGAAAGCUCAGGACUCUGAGCUCUCCCGGAACCUGGACGGACUUCGUUUGGACCUGAGCAACCUCAAGUCCUUGAGCUUGAACGAGAGACACACAGCCCUACGUUCCUUGGAAAGACUCCAGCAGGAGGUGCUGAAGCUGUGGAUAGAGCUACAUGUGUCCAACGGCUCCACCUGUAACACGUGUCCCGAGAAGUGGGUCAGCUUCCAGAGGAAGUGCUACUACUUCGGUGAGGACCCCAAGAGGUGGAUCCAGGCCCGGUUCGCGUGCAGCAAACUGCAAGGGCAGCUGGUCAGCAUCCACAGCCAAGAGGAGCAGGACUUCCUGGCCAGACACGCCAACAGGAAGGGCACCUGGAUUGGCCUUCGGGACCUGGACAGAGAGGGGGAGUUUAUAUGGAUGGACAAGGAACCCCUGAACUAUAGCAACUGGCGGCCAGGGGAACCCAACAACGGGGGCCAGGGCGAGGACUGUGUGAUGAUGCAGGGCUCCGGGCAGUGGAACGAUGCCUUCUGCGGCAGCCGGCUGGACGGCUGGGUGUGCGACCGGCUGGCCACGUGCUGACUGCCCACCCACCCCCGCGGCCCCCCUGGGGUUCACCGGGACGUGCUCCGAGACCCAGACCCUGACAGUCCCCGGCCCACCUGUCUGGUGCCCCCCCUGCGUCGCUCCCCCACCUCAGACACAGGAACAGCCAGGCCCACAGAGAGGCUCUGAGGACCCUCAACUAUUUGUGGCUAAGGUCCCGGCCCCAUUUUCUCCUGCCCAAACAGAAGAAGGCCUGUUGACCCAUCCCCGGCUCCUGCCAACUCCCCAGAGGGCCUGUCCCUUGCUCCUCAGCUGGCCGUCACCCUGUCUUCAAGCGCUCAGAGUACUCGCCUCAGAACUUUCCGGGGAGCCGAGGCGGAUGCCUCGGGCCCCUGUGUGCUUCCCCUGUCGGGCCCCCCGACCGUCUGCUGGAGUCAGGAGUAGACCAUGUCCCCAGCCCACCCCUGGCCACCCCAGAUGUAGCCCCCGUGUCCUAACCCCCCAGGGAGAAGACCCCUGGCUCAGGCAGCCAGGCUCCCCACCCAGCCCACGUCAGUAAAACGGGGUGAGGACAGCCCCUUCCCAGGGGCCUUGCUGGCUCCGGUCUCCCAAUGUGGGAGCUGGGAGUUCCAGAACCAGCGGCCUGAGGCCACCUCGGGGUGUCCAGAGCAACUAAAAUGGCAUUUGCACCUCCCCACUUCCCCGCCCCCCGCACCCCCACUCCUACUUCAUUACAAGAAGCAUUUACUAGACAGGGCUGGAGAUGAAGAUUCCCGUGUCCAAAGCAGCAGAGAACACCCCUAGAAUAUUGUAGGGCGGGGCAGGGGAUAGCCUGAGCUUAACCGCCAGCCCGGCCUGCAGGCAGGAGGGCAGGAGCGCACACACGAGACGCAGGAUGGGCCUGGUGUGCAGAAGGCACUCGGGAGAUGCGGACAGGCCCACAGGUGGCCUGGUCACCCGGUCCAAAGGUGCUGGCCCCACCCUGACGCGGGUUUUGGGAGGCGUACAUGGCAUCAGCCCCAGGUCUGGCCAGGUCAGUCCCUGCACCCGAGGCUGAGGAGGGAGGCAGGCCAGGACCCCGGGACACCCUGUGUUACACUCCUCGCCCGCUCACCCGACCCCCAACUCCUGGCCUAGAACAGGAAGAACCAGACUGCUCCUGGGAUUCUCGGGCCCCCUAGAGGGGAAUCCAUGAGGAGAGGCCCGCGCUGGACCACCUGGGACCUGGGAGUCAAGGGCCAGGCCGAAGGGGCUGGGGAGGGCGCUAGGGUGGCCCCUGGGGGGUCCUGGGGCCAGGAAGGGGCAGGGGUAGAGCUAGGCCGAGGUUACCUGUUGUCUACCCACUGCUCACCCGAUUUCUGCCUCCUCCAGACGCCCCCUUGGAACUCCAGGCCAGUGUAUAACUGCCUACCUGAUCUCUCCAAAGGGGACUCCCGGCCCCUCUGCCACUCAGGCCAACGACGGGGUCACACUCGGCACCUGUCACCCUCACUGCUCCCUCCGAAUCCUCAGGGAAAGCCAUGUGCAGAAUCUGCCCACUUCCCACCACCUCCAGCAACCGCUUUGGUGGGCCCCCAUCCUAGCUUGCCUCAAUCUCCUUCUUCACUGCCUCACACCUUCCAGAAGUUUCCUUCUGGAUCUGAGGGGGGAAAAAAGAAAAGAAAAAAAAAAAAA